CAGCAACCAAGACGAAUGACCCAGGGGACCCGUUACCAUGGUUCUGCUUCCAAAGCCCCUCCACCCUAUCUUCUUCCUCCUCCUGCUUCCCUCAGAGCCUCAGACCCUGAGGUGACAGAGUUGCACAACCCCACACACAAAACACGCAAGAAGGAGGAAGGGCCACAUCCAACAGGGAACGUGCGUGUGUGGGAGAGGAAGGCAGAGAUCCCGACAGCCUGCAAAACCAGCAGGGAUAAUUAUUCCUCCUCCUCCUCCCCCGGGACAGAGGAAACACGAAGAAUACACUCGCUAAGCGAACAGAACAGCACCAUUCCCGCCCCUCUCCCUGCCCCACGGCCUCCAUGUUCCCGCCGCCCUGCCGGCACUGCGCAUGCUCCGCACCGCCGCCGCCGCCGGCCGGAUGGAGGAGGAGGAGGAGGAUGGAGGCCGGGGAGCCGCAGGGAGCCCGGCGGCGGUGUCAGCAUCAUCGUCUCGCCGCUUCGUCCGGUGCCUUUACGUGGUGGGCUUCCUGGAUUUAUUUGGUGUGAGCAUGGUUGUUCCUUUAAUGAAUCUUCAUAUCAAAUCUCUAGGAGCAAGUCAUACAGUUGCUGGAAUAAUAGGAUCUCUGUAUGGUAUAAUGCAACUAUUUUCCAGCACAUUUGUGGUAUUUUCAAACACACUCUCUCCAUCUCUAAAGCCCUCCUUUCUGACUUGGUUUCUGAGCGAGACCGCCCUUUGGUAAUGGGACGCUUCAAUGCAGCCUCCAGUGUGGGCUUCAUUCUGGGGCCCGUGGUUGGUGGCUACCUAGCAGAGUUGGAAGAUGGCUUUUAUCAAACGUCUUUCAUCUGUGCCUCUAUCUUCCUUCUGAAUGCUGGUCUUGUCUGGUUGUUACCCUGGAGUGAAGAAAACACUGGCAGUAGGGUACAUCAACAAGACAGCAAAGGAACAGACAGUUUCUCAGCAAAAGCAAAUUGUGACCUGCACUUGAAAUCAGCAACUAACGGAGCUUUGCCAAGUGAAAGUCUUUUCCAGUCUCCAUGGCUCCAAGUUGUGACAGUGCUGAAGAGGAUUAAAGGAAUUGCAUGCUCUGAUCUGUGGGAUAUACUUCUAGUGCGGCUGCUGCUGUCUGUUGCUAUACUGCUGUACUAUAGUAAUUUUAGUCUGGCCAUGGAGGAGAGAUUUGGGGUGAAACCCUUGUUUUCUGGAUACCUAAUAAGCUAUAGCAGUGCACUUGGAGUACUGGCUGGUUGUCUGCUCGGACCAAUAACAAGACUCUAUCAACACAACACUUACAGACUUCUGCUGCACUCCAGCACUCUUACCUGCACAUUGGUUCUCCUGUAUGCAUCAGCAGUGAGCAUAUGGAUGAUCAUUUUCUCUUCCACAUUCUUAGCCUUUUCAACUACUAUAGGUCGUACGUGUAUCAUUGAUCUUGAAUUGACCAUUGGUGGGAAUGAGGCCAGUGGUACCCUCUUAGGUGUUGGACAGUCUGUGACAUCAGUGGGACGUAUAAUUGCUCCUCUCCUUUCUGGAAUUGCUCAGGAAUUCAGUCCUUGUGGCCCUCCAAGUCUAGGGGUUGGACUGGCUUUAGUUGCUAUUCUGAUCAUGAACAUGAACAAGCAAAAAUACUGUAGCCACGGAAGUGUUAAAUUGAAAAAAAAGUAGCUGGAAAUUUGGGUGGCAUAGAGGUAUCUUACAGGAGAGGCAAAGUGAAUCAGCCUGGGGUGCUGCUUACACUUGGCAAGCUUGUGUAGUAGUAACAGCAUCUUUUAAGAGGGCAUCCUAUGUUCACGUGGAGGCAAUUACCUAUGUUGGGUGCUGUAGUAGCUGGGGUUUUUAAAUGGAUUUCUAACCUUUUAAGAAGGGAAAAAAAGAAUGAAAGGUAAUACACAACUACUUGCAGUUCACAUUUGAAAUGGUAAUUGAUUGAUAAAAGGCAGAAAUUGAUUCUUAUUAUUUAAUAAUCAGAGGUGAAUUUUUAUUAUUUAAUGAGGACAAUUUGCAAUAUAGCUCAUUAGUCUUAAUUUCUUAUGCUUUGGUCCACUGCCAUUUGUCUGUUGUGACAGUAGCUUAAUUAACAGUGUUUGCUUAUGUGAUUUUGUUAAGCAUACCUGGUCUACAAAACUUGUUGCACAUCAUGAUGAGGAACCAUGCUAUUAGGUAACUGUCCAGCCUCUGCUGAUUCCUGGUCUUUCCCAGGUAACAGAAUGAAGUGUGUGUUAACUUCAUGUAUUAAAAGGCCUAAAAUGGAAAAUUUUAGAAUAACACAAGAUCAUUCAGACUGAAACUGAGACUGAACGUAUUGAAACCUGACCUGGUGAUUUUUGUUUAGUAAAACUUUCCCUGAGCAACUGUAUUAUAUUAUAAAUUAUUUGUUAAUAUCUCCUGUGCAUUUUUCUGCCUUCAUUUUAAGAAUAAAUUUGUUUCUUAAUUCUUUUGAAUGACUGUAAACGUAUGCUGAAGCAACUAGCAGUAGUUCAUGGAUCUGUAUUAAGGCAAUGUCUUUCACCUCUAGGAGACAUAAGUGAUGUUUCAGUGACAGAAGAAAAACUAUGUUGACAUUUUAAUCUUCAUUUGGCUGCAGUGCUUAACUGAUGAGAGGUUACUCCCAGAGCUACACAGAGAGUUGUAGCAUUCUCCUGUGCUAUUUACUGUUCAAACUCCUAUUUGCCAGUCACCACUGUUUGCUUUUCAUUUGGAACAUAAAAACCACGAAUUUUGCACUGAUGACAUUCCAAAUGAUUUUCCUAAUUUUACUUGAUGAAUGUACCAAGUCAACAAUGUAUGAUUGUUGGGUUGUUUUCUUCUUAUUAUUAAUUUAGUUAUCUCCUUGAACAGAUUUGUGCACAUUGUAUUGCUGCUUCAGGAGAAUCCUAGAUGGUGGGUGGUGGUUUGCAUCUUUUUUUUCUUCUUGACCUUUUCCAGUGCCUGCUAUAAUUUAGAACCUUGUUGAAACCUCAGUGAUUCCAGAGGCAGCACCAUGAUAACACAGAGAACUCUUGAGUUGGUUCAGUUUUAUAUAUUGACAUAAGGAGUACGAGUCUUACUGCUGCUAUGAUUUGAGUACAUAUCCUCAAGAGUUCAUUACUGUAAUAAUCUGUGUUUCAUUUUUCCCCAGGAACUUGAGGAAUUUUUAAGUGUCUUAUCUCCUGUUGUCUUGUUUGGAAGAUGCCCAGAAAACAUUCUCACCCUAAAUUUCCUAUUUUAUUUCUUUACAUCUUUUAAUAUCUAUAUAUAUAUAUAUAUAUUAACCUAAAACCAUACUUGUAUAAGUCAAAGACUUCUGUUUUGCAACAAUAGUAAGGAGCAAAGGAAAAGGGUAGGAAAAAACCUCAAACAUUAAUAUAUACGGAAAAUUUAGUAGUUCCUACUUUAUUUGUUGGGUUAUAUGAGGUGACAGCUAACAUUUACCCUUUGAAGUCACUUCAGUCAUUAAAACUCAAUUCUGUAAGCAUAUAAAAUUCAGUUUAUACUAACAGCUGUUUGAAUAAUGCUUUUCUGCUUAUAAAAACUUAAAAAUUUUGCUGAUUUUGCUUAUACAGAAAUGAAAAAAAUGUGCUUUCCACAACCAGAAAAUAUUUUUGUUUUAACUUGAAAAAUAUUUCUUCAUAUAUGCUAGAUAAAAAUGAAAUUAAAUAGUUGAAUUGAGAAAUCUGUGGAAGGGACAUGUUGCAACUGUUUUUACGUAAGACAGGUUUGGGUUUUUUUAUUUUUUAGCCAAAGUGACGUCUGUUGUGCAACAGAAACAUUUCUUCUUUGUAAAGGCUCAGCCAGAGAAAAAUUGCCCUAAUUUUUAAAUUUUUUUUGUAAGGACUAUAGAAAUAAAAUGAGGUGAUAUUUCA